AUGCGCAGUACGGUGGAUAUGGUGGACGACCCCGAUUAUGAAGAGGAGGAACCUUCCUUCAGCGACCCGGAGGACUUUGUGGAUGACAUCGAGGAUGACGAGCUGCUGGAUGACAUCCUGAGGGAGAAGCCCCAGGAGGCUGAUGGCAUUGACUCCAUGGUGGUGGUGGACAAUGUGCCUCAGGUCGGCCCAGAGAGGCUGGACAAGCUUAAGAACGUCAUCCACAAAAUCUUCUCCAAGUUCGGCAAGAUCACCACAGAGUUCUACCCCGAGGUGGAGGGCACCACUAAAGGGUACAUCUUCCUGGAGUAUGUGUCUCCCACCCAGGCCAUGGAGGCCGUGAAGAACGCAGAUGGAUACAAACUGGACAAGCAGCAUACGUUUAGAGUUAACCUGUUCACUGACUUUGACAAGUACAUGACUAUUAGUGAUGAAUGGGAGACUCCAGAGAAGCAGCCGUUCAAAGACUUUGGUAACAUGCGACACUGGAUUGAGGACCCAGAUUGUCGUGACCAGUUCAGUGUGAUCUACGAAGCUGGAGAAAGAACAGCCAUUUUCUCUAAUGAUGCCAAAGAGUCCAUCCUUGUUGAAGAAAGAGCGCGCUGGACAGAGACAUACGUGCGCUGGUCUCCAAAAGGCACGUACCUGGCCACAUUCCAUCAGCGUGGCAUUGCUCUGUGGGGGGGAGAGAAGUUCAAACAGAUCCAGAGGUUCAGCCACCAGGGCGUGUCCCUCAUCGAUUUCUCGCCUUGUGAGAGGUAUGUUGUGACCUUUAGCCCUCUGAUGGACACAAAAGAGGACCCCCAGGCCAUCAUCAUCUGGGACAUCCUAACGGGACAGAAGAAGAGGGGCUUCCACUGUGAAAGCUCUGCACACUGGCCCAUCUUCAAAUGGAGCCAUGACGGAAAAUUCUUUGCCAGAAUGACCACAGACACACUCAGCAUCUAUGAAACUCCAUCAAUGGGCCUGCUUGACAAGAAGAGUCUGAAGAUUACUGGCAUCAAGGACUUCUCCUGGUCCCCCGGUGACAAUAUCAUCGCUUUCUGGGUCCCCGAGGAUAAGGACAUCCCAGCCAGAGUGACCCUCAUGCAGCUGCCCUCGCGGCAGGAGAUCCGAGUGAGGAACCUGUUCAAUGUGGUAGACUGUAAGCUGCACUGGCAGAGGAAUGGUGACUAUCUGUGCGUCAAGGUGGACCGCACACCCAAAGGCACACAGGGCGUAGUCACCAACUUUGAAAUCUUCCGCAUGAGGGAAAAGCAGGUUCCUGUUGAUGUUGUUGAGAUGAAAGAGAGUAUCAUAGCGUUCGCCUGGGAGCCCAACGGCAGUAAGUUUGCUGUUCUCCAUGGAGAGUCUCCUCGAAUCAACGCCUCGUUCUACCACGUCAAAAACAACGGCAAGAUUGAGCUCACAAAGAUGUUUGAUAAACAACAGGCCAACAGCAUCUUCUGGAGCCCACAAGGACAGUUCAUGGUCUUGGCUGGUCUCCGAAGUAUGAAUGGAGCCCUGGCCUUUGUGGACACGUCGGACUGCACCAUGAUGAACAUAGCCGAGCACUACAUGGCCUCAGAUGUGGAGUGGGACCCAACGGGCAGAUUUCUGGUCACCUCUGUGUCCUGGUGGAGCCACAAGGUGGACAAUGCAUACUGGCUGUGGACCUUCCAGGGCCGUCUCCUUCAGAAGAACAACAAAGACCGCUUCUGUCAGCUGCUGUGGAGACCCCGACCCCCCAGUCUGCUCAGCGCCGAAGAAAUCAAGAAUAUUAAGAAAGAUCUCAAGAAAUACUCGAAGAUCUUUGAACAGAAGGAUCGUCUGAGCCAGUCCAAGGCCUCCAAGGAGCUGGUGGACAAGCGCAGGUCAAUGAUGGAGGACUAUCGAAAGUACAGAGAGGCAACACAAGCCACCUACCAGGAACAGAAGACCCUUCGCCUGGAGCUCAGAGGAGGUGUUGAUACGGAUGAGCUGGAUAGCAACUCCCAUACGCAGUCCGUCCGUUGUUGUGUGGAAAAGAGGAGAGGAGUCAUUGAUUGGAGGUUUUCACGCAGCGUCGGUAAGACCAUGAAGAGAGGCGUUUUGGGGAUAGUUCUGAGCCUGGCACGUCUUUUUCUGGGUUUGUCUUGGCUGUCAUGCAAAGAUGGACUCUUAAAAGUCAGUGCAGUUACUCUCCCAGAGUCCCUCCUGUUUGUGUCUACACUGGACGGGAACCUUCACGCUGUGUCCAAGCAAUCCGGGGACAUCAAGUGGACAUUAAGAGAAGACCCUGUCAUCCAGGUCCCAGUCUAUCUGACCGAGCCUGGUUUUCUCCCUGACCCGAAUGAUGGCAGUUUAUACAUUCUGGGAGGAAAGCAUAAAGAAGGGCUGGUUAAACUCCCCUUCACCAUUCCAGAGCUGGUGCAGUCGGCUCCUUGUCGAAGUUCAGAUGGAAUAUUAUAUACAGGUAAAAAGCAGGACGUCUGGUUUGUGGUGGAUCCAGAGACGGGUGAAAAACAAACCAGCCUGACUACCGGGUCAUCUGAGUCCAUCUGCCCCAACUCCCCCCUGCUCUACAUAGGCAGGACAGAGUAUAUGGUGACCAUGUUUGACACCAAGACGCAGGAGCUGCGGUGGAAUGCUACCUACAACGACUACUCUGCUCCGGCUUAUGAUGAGAAACAGGACUAUAAAAUGGCCCACCUCGUUUCUAGUGGAGAUGGACUUGUAGUGACAGUGGACAGAGAGACAGGAGACGUGCUGUGGAGUCAGAACUACGGCUCCCCUGUGGUGGGUGUGUACCUCUAUUCUGGAGACUCGCUAAGACAUGCCCCUCACCUGUCCCUCGCCAUGGAAACACUGCGCUUCCUAACCUUCUCUGCGAGCGAGCGAGCUGAUCCUUACUCCAGCCUCAAGUGGAGCUACCAGUUUGUGAAGGAACAGGCUAGUGCGCAGACCCAGCUUGUGCCUACUCUAUACGUUGGAAAAAUUGACUCUCAUCUCUACGCCUCCACCUCUCUUGUCCACCAUGGCGUCUCAUUAGUGCCUCGCGGGCUGACCCUAGCCCGUAUAGAGGGUCCUCUGACAGAAGAGGUGACCGUGAGAGAGAGGGGGGAGUGUGAGAUAACGCCCUCCACAGAUGUGCGCUACCCCCCCGGGAGCACAACCAGCCCCAAGAACCAGUGGCUGCUUAUAGGUCACCAUGAGCUGCCGCCGCUGGCUCACACCACCAUGUUGAGGGACUUUCCCGGAGGCCUGCAGCGCUUUGGAGAGGCAGUGAUCCCUCCACAAAAACCUUCCCCAGCCCCACCCUCCUCCUACUAUAACCAGCACUAUUAUGAGGGCUCUGCCGGCAGCUCCAGAGAGUCUCGUUCACAGAGAGGGUCCGGUCCAGAGGAGAGGCCUGAGAAGACCCCCCCACGAGUGACUGUGCUGCCCGUGUACAUGACCCAGGACCACCUCACCCUGGCUGUCCUUACCCUGCUACUGGGGGGGUGGCUGGCCUUCGCCUUCUCCUACCCCAUUCGUGCAGCCCAGCAGAUGAACGCUCAGAGGCAGAUGGACCAGGCCUUUGAGUCCCACCUCCAAAGGAUCCAGAGCACUGUCCACACUGUUCCCCUGGGCUCCUCAGAGACAACUAUCUCCCCAAAGACCAACCUCUCCACUGUUUCUCCCCCAGAACCGGGCCCCAGGUCUCGCCACCACUCCAGCUCCACAUCAGAAACGGACACAAACACCACCAACCAGAAACCUACGACUAGCAACCACUCCAACAACUCCAACCACAGCAACCAGCUCAAUAAUAAUAAUAAUGGGGGCGACGGUGAUGAAGGGGGAGUCCAGGUGGGAAAGAUCUCCUUCAGCCAGUCUGAUGUCUUGGGACAUGGGACAGCAGGCACUUUUGUCUUCAGAGGUCAGUUUGACGGUCGACAUGUGGCCGUGAAGAGAAUCCUGCCCGAGUGUCUGGAGGUGGCGGAGCGAGAAGUGCAGCUGCUCAGGGAGUCGGACACGCACCCCAACGUCAUCCGCUACUUCUGCACCGAGAGGGAUCGCCUCUUUACCUACAUCGCCAUAGAGCUGUGCACGACCACGCUGCAACAGUAUGUAGAAAACCCGUCUGCUUUUCCAGACCUGAGUCCUAUCUCCAUACUGGAACAGACCAUGUGUGGACUCUCACACCUGCACUCCCUCAAUAUAGUUCACCGAGACCUGAAGCCCAGAAACAUCCUUUUGUCCGGCCCCAGCGCGGUGGGCCGAGUGCGGGCUCUCAUCUCAGACUUUGGCCUGUGUAAGAAGAUCCAGGACGGACGUUGCAGCUUCUCUCUGCGUUCGGGCAUUCCAGGGACUGAAGGCUGGAUCGCCCCAGAGGUCCUCAGAGACACGCCUGGAAAUAAACCGACUGCAGCAGUGGAUGUGUUCUCCGCGGGCUGUGUCUUCUACUACGUGGUCAGUGGGGGGCAGCACCCGUUCGGAGACGCUCUGAGGCGACAGGUCAACAUCUUGUCUGGAGAAUACCAUCUCGCUCACUUCUCUGAGGAAAAGAACUGUGAUGUGAUUGCGCGAGACCUGAUUGAGCAGAUGAUCAGCCCGGACCCCGAGGCACGGCCCUCCACCGCCUGCGUGCUCAAACACCCCUUCUUCUGGACGCCCGAAAAACAGCUGCUUUUCUUUCAGGACGUAAGUGACCGAAUAGAAAAAGAGCCGUCGGACAGCCCCAUAGUGGUCAGACUGGAGACUGCAGGACGAUCUGUAGUCCGCACCAACUGGAGGAUGCACAUCUCAGUGCCUCUGCAGACAGACCUGAGACGCUUCAGAACCUACAAAGGAAACUCUGUGAGGGACCUGCUCAGAGCCAUGAGGAAUAAGAAACAUCAUUACCACGAGCUGCCACAGGAGGUGCAGGAGACACUGGGCGAGCUGCCAGAAGGCUUUGUGUCAUACUUUACCUGCCGCUUCCCACGCUUACUCAUGCACACGCACACCGCCAUGGGGACUUGUGCGCGAGAGAGGCUCUUCCUGCCCUACUACCUGAACCCGGAGCCAUAA